UAAAACCAUGUGGACAAGCCCACCAAGCCGACCAAGCCCAGCGGUGUUGCCUCAUCUUCUCGCUUAUUACUUUCUCUGUCAAAAAGACAAUUCUCGGUUCAUCCCCUUCGGCGGCCGACUGCGACGGCCACAGCGACGCCAUGCGUGCCCCCGCAUCUCCUUCCGCCUCACCGGCACCUGACCCCUGCCUUCUGCGGAGCUACGCCGUCGACUCCUUGCAGAGGUGCGACUCGUCGCUGGAAACCUCGUCCCCAUACCAGAGGAGAGGCACCAGGACGUGCGCGCGAGCCCACGGUCCAGAUUGAUGGACGAGGGAGCGGUGGGUGCUGCGCGCCCACUCGCCCAGCCCGUCGGCCCUGGGAGGCGGUGCGGCUGCCAUCUUCCUCCUGCCUCCCUGCUUGCUCCAAGAACCCUCAGAGGAAGGGGAGAAAAGGUGGAAAUAAUCAAGAUCAUGGAUAUUUUUAGACGUGGUAUGUCUGUGGUGUCCAAGUCUCAAAUCUCAGUUGGCUGUUUUAUUGUGAUUUUUUGGAAUAUUUUCUACACUCUAUUUUCUAUCUAAUCAAAGAGACAUACUCUGUGUACAGAUAUUGUUAAGUGGGUUAUCCUUGAGGCCACAAAAAAGGGAUGGCCGCAUAAAUUCAGUUUUGUGGCUGCUGCAUAGCACACUUUUUUUUUUUGAGAAACAUAGCACACUUUUCUUUUGAGGCCACAAAAAAGGGAUGGCCGCAUAAAUUUGAUGUGUGGACAGUUAGUGGAGUCCCCUGGCGGCGACACUUGCAUUCUGACUUACGGAUACCACGACGAACUUGGCAAGAUGGGACUUGAUGAGAGAAAUCACCGAGUGCUUCAUCCGGGACUGCUAGGGGUUCAAUGGAAACAACCUCGGGAAUCAUGGUUCGUUGCUGGGAUGCUAUUGCUGGCUUCUGUUGGAGGAAUCUUCUUCGCGCCCUUCUUGAGCAAUAUGAAAAGAGAUUGCUUCUCCACUUGAUGCCCUCAGUGUGGUAGGCAGCGUUGGUUUCUUUGGUCGGUUUGGGUCUUCUAAGUCGGCUGUGUAAUAUUUUCCACAUUGGUGUUCCAUUGUGACACUGAAGUGCGUAGAAAAUUAGUCCCAUGUAUUUCAUGCAGCUAGGUUUUAUGAAAUACUCCCUCCGUCUAACAUUUUGGGACGGAGGGAGUACUAUGAAAGUAUGCCCAGAUUCAUAAUGCGAUGCACAACCUCCAUGUUUUAUGUAAUGAAAUAUCCAUGUAGCAUGGUAAACUCCCACAGUGCUGCUUCAUAGCCAGUUAGCUACCAAAGAUCCUGUAAACAGUCAGCAUCACCUAGUCGAAAGGCUGGCCCCUCGCCCCAUGAGAGGAUUAAUUCCUGGCCAUGUAAAAUUGUGGUGCAUGCUUCAUCCAAGCAAGCAGUAUCCUGCACCACAGCAAUAGAGAUAAGUUUGGGCUUGGUCUAAUCAUCAUGUACAUAAUCUAGACUUCUAGAUCGGCAGACUGGCGUUCUCUAGGACAGAUUGGUGAUAAAAAAAAGAGUUGCCGGGAGCUCAUUUUAGCAAACUGGAGCGAGUGCAGCUAUGGUUAAUGAUACUGAUACCUGCAUGAUGUUGAAGAAUGAGGCCCAUCUCGAUGCAAGGGGAGUAUACCGUUAUGCAAGAAACUUGUGGGGGUGCCAUGUUAUCCGCAUCGACACACUUGUAUUACUCAAUGCAUUGGUCUACCUAUUCCUUGGCACUUUUGGGUCCCAACGCCGCCGCUCCAGAAACUGGUUCAUCCAAAAAGGUACCUUGGUCGCAAACACUUUGUCCUUCAUACUGGGAACAUACACGCUCGGUUCUAUGCAAUCUUCCAAGGUGAAGAAUAGCAUGUACCCCGUUUGGGCCUCAAUUCUCUUCAUCCUUCAUGGAUGUACCAACACAGCUUAUAGUCUUGAUGACAACAAACACGUAACGAGGGUCAUGUACCGGUUGGUGCUCUACUGUAUCUAUGAGCUGUUGCUUCUGAGUGUGAGUACAAAUGAGACUUAUAUCAUCUCUCUUUAUUUGUUUGCUGUUGGUCAAUACAAAAUCAUUUAUGUACAAACGCCAUGUGUGCUGGCAAGCCGCUCAUGGAAUUUGAAUAAAAUGGUCGCUGAUUACAUGUAUGAGGAGCACACCAAAGGUGAAUUUGUUCCAGCCACCAUGAAGGGUUGCCAUUACCUGGUUGAUUGGCCCCUCGACAAAUCCAAGUUGGAUGCUCCAUCAUAUGCAUCACGAUUUACAGCAGAAGACAAUCAAGUCAUUGACAUAGACAAGAUAUGGUUGUGCAAUGACAGUUCACUGGACCAAGAUCUAAAGGAUACGUGCCUUUCCUUCUCUCUUUUUCAUCUGUUGAGGAGGCGCUACUUUGGGUUUACCUGUGGUGAAUCCAAAGAAAGGGCACAUGAUUUCGUCUUCAAGGGGCUGCUACGGGAGAAUGAAGAAGGCACCACAGACUGCAACCGGGCUUUUAGGUUGAUUGAGAUUGAGUUAGCCUUUAUGUAUGAUUUCUUCUUCACCACAUCUGCUGCCAUUUAUUAUGCAUCAACGGCCGCAACAGUUUCAUCCUUGAUUUCUGCCUUUUUACUAUGUCUGUCAAUACAAUGGAUAUUCGUCUGGGAACCAUCGCUCAUACAAGAAGGUGAAAUGAAGAUCACUAAUACAGUUACCACCUUAUUCGUACUUGCAUCUGCUGCUUUGCUUGAAUUGCUUCGACUGCUGCUUUACUGGACUGGCAUUUGGAGCAGAGUGUCCUUUGUCUGUCAGUAUCUCAGAGAACAAACAAGAUUGAGCACAAGGGGAAGCUGCUGCUCCUGCUCCUUCUCUUGCUGCUGCUGCUGCUGCAUGCUGCUAAAAUUGAAAGGGCUUCUUGCUAGAAUUGGUGUGCAUUGCUCACCAAACAAACACUAUUGGCAGCACAAGCUUGGGCAGUAUUCUUUACUUGAUUACCGUCCUACCUUCUGUGGCAAGAUCAAGGAAUGUUUGGGUAAAGUAACAGAAGUACAUGCAGCCACAUAUGUAUUGCCUUUCCUCCAUCCAAUUGACAAACACACGCGGAGGGUCCGUCGAAAAUUUGGGAAAUCUAUAGAGUUAACCGCACAAGUACAUAAGGCAAUUAUUUACUCCCUCAAACGAUCCAAUGGUGAACUGACGAAUGGAAAAUCAUCACUAGUGUCCAACAGAGCAGGGCACCUUUUAUGGGCCUGUGAACGGGGCAUGCACUCAGAAUCAGACACAAGCUGCAUCAUUCUGACUUGGCACAUUGCGACAUGGUACUGCGAGAGAGGGACGCUUGGAUGUGGCCCUCGCCCGGAUGAGGGAACCGAGCUCAAGAUCCAUCUUGGUGUUGCCACAAAGCUGUCGAAAUACUGCGCAUACCUUCUGGUCUCCGCACCAAAACUUCUUCCAGGGCACGAAUAUGAUACAAGUCGUGUGUUCGAUGCAGUGGCAGGGGAGGCCAAGAGAUUUCUGCCAUAUGGGAGGGAUAAAUAUCAAGCACUGAAGGAUUAUGGAGAGGAAGAGUCAGAGGCUACCAUCUUGCAGAGUGGCGCUAAGCUGGGCAAGCAGCUUGCGGAGAUAGAAGAUGUUACCAGGCGUUGGAAGGUGCUAGCUGAUUUCUGGUCUGAGAUGCUGCUCUACAUUGCGCCAUCAGAUAAUGUCGACGAGCACAUCGAGCAGCUCACACGGGGGGGGGGGGGGGGGGGGGGGGGU